AGAAACUACUUCAAGCAAAUUUUUUCUUCUUCAUCUUCUUCAUUUUAAUUAUUCUUUUUUACAUUAAAGCAUUUUUCUUUUCCACAGUAAAAAGAUAGCAGGCAAAAUUCUAUAAAAUGAAAUAUAUUAUCCUUCAAGUAAAAAAUAUACUGAAACUUUAAUUUAAAAGCAACAAGCUUAAUGCUAUUAAGUAAUAUUUAAAAUAUGGCUUUAAAAAAAAUGUUAUUUUCUUGAAGGAAAAAAAUUAAGUUAUAGAUAGAAAAAUUAAAAAAUGAUUGUAAAUAAGCAUAAAUUUUAUAAUUUAACACAUAAAAUUGAUUAAAAAAAUGAGCUAAUUAGGGUUUAAUUAGCUCAAUUUGCUAUUAUUUAGUAGGAUGCAAGUUCAGCAAGCAAAGAAGAAAGAUGAAACAAACAUAUUAGCCAAUUAAUAAAUAAUUAUGUGUUUGCAUGCUUCAAUUAAUAGAAAGAAUUAAGCAGGAAAAUUAAUUAUACAAAAAAAUAAAUUAAUAAAUAAAUAAAUUAGAUAGUGAGGAAGUAUAGGAUAAGAGGGAAUGUCAACUUAAAAGAAGAAAAGAAAAAGGAGGAGAAGAUUGAUUAAUUAAUUAAUUAAUCAAUUAAGAAAGAAGAAAGAAAGUAGAGUGAUAUAGAGACAGAGCCAGAGACAAGACAAGAGAAAGUGAUAGGCAGUGAAUGAACAGAUAAAUAAUUUAUUUGAAAAGAAAUAGUUAAUAUAAAAAUUAAUUAAUUGUAAUUAAUAUUAAGAAAAAUAAAUAAAAAUUAAUUAUAUCAAACAAUUAAAUUCAGAAGAUAGUGAGCUUCCUUGUUAAUCAUCACCAACUCAGUAGUAUCCAUACAAAAUAAAUAAGCAAUGUCUAAAUCAUACUAACAAAACGGGAUUACCUUUACAACAGGAGAAAGAUAUGAAGUUGAUAAGUUAUUAGGCUCAGGAGCAUAUGGCCAAGUAGUGAGAGCCAAAGAUAAGAAAAAUUAGAAUCAGUAUGUAGCAAUAAAGAAAUUACACAAAAUCGAAGAUGUUAUAGAUGCAAAAAGAGUUCUUAGAGAAAUAAGAAUCUUACGUUAUUUAGUUCAUGAAAAUAUCUUGUAAUUGAGUGAUAUUCUUUAUGAUGACGAAGAUGAAAAUUAAGAAUUCGGCACAAUCUAUUUAGUAACCAAUUACAUGGAAAUCGAUUUGUAUCAAGUUAUUAAGUCUGAUCAAAAGCUCAGCGAUUAGCACAUCCAAUAUAUUAUCUAUUAAAUCCUUAAGGGUUUGAAGUAUCUCCACUCUGCAAAUAUUAUCCACAGAGAUCUCAAACCAUCAAAUCUUUUAGCCACAGAAAAAUGUGCUAUUCGUAUGUGUGAUUUUGGUUUAUCAAGAAGUAUUGAAGAUGAGCAGAAGCAAGAACAACAACUAUAAUAAGGUUAAUUAACCGAAUACGUUGUCACUAGAUACUAUAGAGCUCCUGAAAUCAUGCUUAGCUCUCAUGUUUACUCAAAGGCUGUCGAUAUUUGGUCUCUUGGUUGCACAUUUGCCGAACUGAUUAGCCAUUAAAUCCUCUUUAAAGCAGAUAAUUAUAUUAAAUAAAUUAAGUUAAUUUUCGAUAAGCUUGGUAUGCCUCCUGAGGAAGAUUUGCAAUUUAUUGGAAACAGUAAUGCUAAAUAAUUCGUAAAUACUCUCGCUAAAAAGAAUUCUGUCAAGGUUAGCAGCUUUAUUAAUUAUGAAAAUCCAUUAGCCCUUGACUUAAUAGACAAGAUGCUUGCUAUAAACCCCAGCAAACGUAUAACUGCUGAUGAAGCCCUUGAACACCCUUACUUCUAAUCUAUUCGUGAUGUCUAAGAAGAAAUCAAAUUCACUGGAACUAUCAACUUUGAUUUCGAAACUGACUCUGAAAUAACAAUUGAAAGCUUGAGAAAAUAGAUCUUGGAAGAAGUCAACCACUUUAGAUAAGUUAAUAAGGUACCUCCCUUGAAAAUACCUGAUUUACUUGCUCUUUGUGAAAAGCGUACAAAAGCUAUACAAGAAAAAGCAAACCUCCAUAAAAAAUGAAAAUGAAAGAAUGAAAGAAACUAUUCAAUCAAUCAACCAAUCUAUCUAUCUAUCAAUCUAACACAACACAAUACAACCGAUUUUUAUUCUAGAAUAUCAAAAUUAACUAAACCUAUGACAGUUUUCAUUUCUUUUAUGACAAACUAACUAACUUAAAUUUCCAAAUUAUCAUACAUUCAUUCAUUCAUACAUACAUACAUUCAUUCAUUAUCAUUAUUAUCCUUACAUAUAUAUAUACACUCUUUCCAACAAACACACUUAUUAUAAAAAUAUGAAUAUCAUCAUAACAAUUAUUAAUUAUAAAUGCAUUGAAUCAUUUGUUCGUUCGUCCAUCCAUAAAUGUAGUUAGUAGUUCAUUAGUUC